AUGGACAUCCUACUGGAUGCUGCCAGAGCUACUGUCGAGAGUGAAGACUAUAUCCAGCAAGUGUCUUCGGAAAGCGAGGAUAGCACAGACGAACUCACCGGAUGUGACAAAAUAGAAAGUCAUGUUCGAGAUCUACAGAUUUUCAUGCGUUGUUUGGUCGAUCUCACUGAGACUUUAGCAAGCGCCGUACCCGAUCCGCACUAUGAUGAUCCAAAGCCCGUACAGGUCGAAUCUCUGGAACCUCAUCAUCUCUACGCCGGCCUCAUUCGCGAGAAGUUUCCAUUUGGAGAUGUUAAAAUUGUUGACCAUUUAGGAAAGUCCAAUUUGCGGCGAUAUCAAGAAAUCAUCGCUAGAAAAGAAGCAAUGGUUGCCAAUGAGUCGAAAAGUCAGACGCAAGAUGAAGCUCAGGCUUACGAAGCAAGUACCAUCGCUGGCGAAACUAUAUGGCAGGACUCUGGCCUCGGGACUUCUGUACCAACGUUCUCAAAAUAUCCAUCUUCAUACGUGCCUUCUCGACGGUCUAGUACGGCUUUGAAGAACCCAGAUUGGAUUCCGAAAUUGACAGCCGAAGCGGUCGCUGGACAUGCAUUUGAGUGCUUUGGCUGUGGCAAAAUGGUUGUGAUAAAGAAAGAGGUGGACUGGAAGAAACAUCUCAUCAAGGAUCUAUCUCCAUAUAACUGCACGGCACCCGAUUGUACAGACGCAUUUACUCUUUUCUCAGAAAAGUAUAGAUGGAUCCGGCAUAUGAAGGCUGAACAUGAAGCGGAGAGCAUAUCUCAAAGCCAAUGUUGUCCCCUGUGCCUUGUCAACACUCAUGAUGAAAAAGAAGACUUUUUGUCACAUCUCAGCACUCAUCUCGAAGAAAUUUCUGUUGCUGCCUUACCAAGAGGGGCCUUUGAUGACUCAGAUUCCGAUGAGGAGUCUAGAAAAGACGCAAAUUCUACUCGUCUACCCUCAAGGAAUGAGACCGCCAAGAAAUCUGCAAAAAACCUACUGGCGUUCUGGGGUUAUAUGUUCGAACCUGAUAAAACGCCAACCCGACUUUUUAAUGCUCUCAACCACGCUAUGGCGACACACAUUAUGCAUAAAAUCGGCGAUCCGAAUGUUCCAUGGCUUACGCCUCAAAAGAUGGCCAGUUUCUACAAAGCUGUGGGUGGCGAUUACGAUUCCGUAUUUGAAUUGCCGAAUGAGUCGAUAUCUUAUAUCUGGCAAGCGACGGGCUGCGAACACACUUUACUGCCCGACAAAGACAAAUUUGCACCGCCAUCGAUACCUACACUGACAAUCGACGGCUUUUCAAGAUGGCAGAGUAUAGAAAUGCUUCUUGGCCCUGAGGAACAUGUUCCUUAUUAUCAAUUUGCUUUGAGCAAUUGGGAUCUCAUAAAUCCACUGACUAACAAGCCAUUCCCAAUGCAGAUACCAGCUGAAUCCUUUCCACUUGAGCGCGAUGCUGAAGUGGAUAGGUGGCAUAAGUCUUGUGCGGAACAGCUCAGAAAAGAGGUGAAUCAGCGAGAAAAGGAAGCUUAUAAAGAAGCUGCCUACAAGUACCCGAUUAGCGAUGAAAGCCAUUUUGAAGGUGAUGUUGAAAGAAAAGAUAGGUCUGCUACAAAGAGCGAUCUUCAGAGCGAUGUUGAAGGUGCCAGGUCAGAUCGCAACCGUCAAAAGAGGGUAUUUUCAUCCAACAGGGCUGAAACAACAUCUCGACGUCGGUCGGCAAAAAGAUAA